GCACCAUAUAAACAGAAAGAUGAAAAUUCAAAUUGCAUGUCGAAAUCAACAAGUCGAAACAAGGUAGAAAAGGGAAAGAACAUCAAUUCAUCUUUCAUCGUUCAAGACGUGAUCCCUGGAAAAGCUUCAGAAUCAGAAUGGAAUGAGUUGAUAGAAGAUGACUUAGCAGAAAAGACAUGCCAUGAUAUCGCCAAAGAUAUAGUUGAUGAAACACUCAGUGCUAUAUUCCAGAUAUAUUUAAAGGACCAAUUAAUACCAUUUGCAGUCAAUCAAGCAUCUCUGUGCCUCAUGCAAUACAUUGACUUGGAGUUCAUGUCCUGCGAUCAAGGAGAGCCUUAUAUUAAUCUUAAUCCAGAGUGGUUCGAAGAUGAACUUGCUGAAUCAAGUAGGAUAGAUUCAUGGGCUCAAGGAGCGAUUUCCAAGACUACUUAUGCAAAGAUUUCAGACAAUCUACAACCCCAAAAUAAUCAUCAGUUUUUACAAGGGCUUGAAAAUAGUCUUAUCCACAAAAAUGAAGAUGUUGGUGAAAAUAAAGCUAUCCGUAAGGAACAUACUGUUGGCAUGUCCCAUAGUGAAAAUCUCCACCAAAUAUCUAUACGACAGAAGAAGCCUCAAAAACUGAAAAACGAUUUUAAAAAAGAUCACACCCGUAUGCCUACCGAUCAAGGAGAUUCCAUCCCUCAACUAACUAAACAGUUGAAAGAUUCUACAUUGAAAUCAUCUAUAGAAAAUGUAUCAAUGGAACUACAAAACAAACGAAUCAAUGGAUCUGGAAAACUAGUUUUCGACGAUGAAGGAAAUCUACUCAGUGUACCUAAAUUAUAUCCAGUCAAUAAGAGGCAAGAUGAAUCAUUCACGACUGAUUCACAUUCAAAUGAAAGUGAUAAUAAUAUUUUGGGAAAUAAAAUUCCAAUUCAAUGGCGUUUCGUAUCAGAGUCAUACUGUAACAAUCCAAAUAACAAUCAGUUUGGCAUAAAAAUGAAUAGUAAAUUAAGAACAGCCAGAUCGUCCAUAUCGAAUUUUUCAAAUAAAGUGAGAACAAGAAAUCGUAGUUUAGAUUUAACUGGUGCCACAGUUACACCUGAUGUAAUACGUCUACAAAAAAUUAAGAAUGCAUGUAUCAAUUUGCCAAAUACCAUUGAUCUGGUUGAUUUAGUGGCUGGAGUGACAAUAUCUGAUGGGGAACAUUUAAAAAUUGGUCAGUUAACGAAUGAACAGUUCACGUCAAUAUUGAAUACAAACUGGAAUAAUCUCGACGAAAUUCCACCAGUUAAAGCGAAUUAAACUAAUUAACCACAAUGAUUUAUAAUCUCAAGGUGUUUAUUCACAUGGAUCAUUUACAUUUAAGACAAAAAUCGUCUCUUUUCUUCUUACAUGAAACUGUGUUUUUUAAAACAAAAAAAUAAUCACCAUUACACAUUGAUAUAUUCAAAUGGAUUGAUCUUUUUGUUUUGUUUUAAUUGUGGUUAUGGGGAUUGAUGAUCGGUGUAGGAGAAGGUUGAAAAGAAGGACAAAGUGAUCAGACUGGAAUGUAUUUUGUCGACAGAUCCGGAUUAUUGGUCUAGAGGUUAAGCAUAUUUGUGUGGAACCGAAGAUCUUAAGUUCGAGUUCCACGUGAGAGAUCGUGCAUGCACAUUGGUAAAGAGUCUUAUAAUAGGAUGAAAUGAGCAUCCAGAACUCCCAGGUUUUCAGUGGUAGUUCAACAUCCAUUGAUUCGUGAUCUCGUUUAAAAACUCAACGACUUCCACAAUCUUAUACUGAUGAUUCUAAAGCGUUUGAAAUAUGAGACAACGAAUAUUUAUUAUUAUGAUUAUUUGAUCGUUGGAUAGAUAUUGUCAUUUGAUCAAUAUAAUUCUAUCAACAUCAUUAAGGUCUAGAGCAAUAUGAUAUCAGAUACUACUUAGUGAAUAAUCAGCAUACAUUAAACUCUUAUAUGAAAGUGUAAUACAUUCAGUCUUUAUUACUUAGAAUACAGAUAUAUGAAUGAAGUAUAUGCUUUUCAAUAAAUGUCCUUCAGUUUCGACAACCAUCUUAUCCAAAUAAAUCAUCCAUGGAAGGGUUGUACGAGCAUUAAUCGAAUUGUGUCACCGUAUCACACACCUAAUGAUCAACCACCAAUCAAUCCAGAAUUUGGUCAAACGAGCGGUUGAACAUACUUCUUCUUCUUCUUCUUCUAAAGUAUUCCUAGUCUGAUGGAUAUAGACAGAUUGCUGAUAACACGUUGCAUUACUGUAAAGUCAACACUUCAUAUUAGUCAUCCUCGCAACAAAGUUUCUAUUUUAUUUUCUAUCACAAACAAUCCUCAAUUCACAUACUGUCAUUUAUAAACGAUGCAUUUUGUCUUAAAUCUGACCACAUUUUGGAUGAUCCAUUUGGCAAAGAUGAUUGUAGACACUGAAGAGAAUUUAUUGAAAGGUAUAUUCUUCAUUCAUUUAUAUUAAAAAUUCCUUAUUGAUUAAAAUGUAUUGAUUAUAUCCCAGUGAUAUCGUAACGAGCAAAGAAGUGAAAUGAGGAAGACCGAUUGAUUGUUUAAUGCAAAAUACAUCAUUUGCACAUCUUCUUUGAAUCGUCUCUUACAAGCUUCAUUGUUCCUUCACUCCUAUUGUUAUCUUGAUUACUUUCGAUUUUCUUCUGUCUUCUCUUCACUUUAAUUCUCUCAACCUUCGGUUCGUAAACAUUCCACCUCCGACUAGUGUUACAUACUACUUAUAUCAGCAUACAUUAGUAGCAUACAACGCAUCUCCGAAUAUUAUGCAUCAAAAUCGAAUACAGAAUGUUCAUAGAAGUCGGUAUCUUUCUGAAUUUGGAAGUAGUUUAUAAAGUGAUUAUGUGAAUAUUGUUGUUUAAAAGAAAAACACUGUCAUAUACAGACAACAGAAACUUUAUGUAUGAUCUUCAUUGUUACUUCGAUAAACUUAAGUUGAGUCAAAAGAACCUUGAUGAGAAUCCAACUUACAUUUUGCUUCUAACAUUUAUGUAAUUACUCUGAAUAGUCAAUUACUUAAGAUGAAUUCUUCGUUUGUUCUCUCGAUCAAUAUUCUGUAUUACAUAACUUAUUUCAUAGUUUAUUCUUUUAUUCUACCGGAUGCUUAACGUUAGUUUUCCCUCAUUCACGGCCACUUCUGGCUAAUUAUUGUACAAAUAUUAUUUUCUGUUUUCUUGGUACGUUGUGGCCGAGUUGGUUGGUAUAUAAACAGAG